AUGACAAGGCUUGAUUCUUAUAGUCUUAUGGUCGUUGCUAAGUACUUUAGAACGUGUGAAGACUUUGAAAAUGUCCAAUGUGUUUGUCGGAAGUUCAGAGAGACUACUGAAAAGUUCCAUUUCAAUCCAAUUCCUUUGGCAAAGAAAACCAGAGCAUUAUUUCCUAAACUUGAAACACUUCACUUAUACGAUGCGUCGUCUGAGAAGUUUGAUGAUGAGGACUUCUUCUCCAAAAUCUUUUGGUAUCAGGUUGACUAUCAAACGUACAAAAUAUUUAUGAAAGCAAAUGACUCAAAACCAGUGAAGACAAAAAAUUCCGAACUUUUGUUUAUGAACGUAAAAUACACAACAAAAGAUCAAAAGAAAUUUGGCAUUGAUAUUCCACCAGUGGUAACUUUAUUAGGAGAAGAAUGUUUUAGUUAUUGCGACACUUUGACUUCCGUUGUUCUCUCAAAUAGUGUGAAGUCUAUUGGAAGACAGUGUUUUUUCCAUUGUGUGAAUUUGUUAAAUGCCAAACUACCAGAGAGCGUCAGUUCAAUUGGGUUUGGGGCUUUCAGUUACUGUUACAAACUCUCAGAGAUAACAAUGCCACGUUAUAUGAAAUCAAUUGGUAAUUAUUGUUUUGAUGGGUGUAAAGAGUUGAAAAAAAUAACAAUUCCAAAUGGCGUCGAAGUCAUCCACAAAAAAUGUUUUAACAACUGUAAAAGUCUCAGAGAAAUUAAUAUACCCCAAGGCUUGAAAGAACUUGAAGAAGGAGCUUUUUAUGGAUGUAAAGAAAUUACUAACCUUGGCUUUGUGACGAAAGUAAUAAAAUUUGGAAAGGGCUGCUUCGGGGAGACUAGUGUUUUUAGUUGGGGAAAUCAAAUUCCCAAUACUGCCUUUGUUCGUAUUGAAAUAUAA